AUGUUAAUCCUAGAAGCGUUCAUAUUAUUCUUCAUCAUUUUAAUAAACAAAACAGUAAAGAGUCAAAUAGGAUGUACAUUUGAUCGUCCAAUAAUGGGAGAAUACUAUUCAUAUGAAAAUGGUCUUGAAAGUCAUACAUCAUUUAAAGAAAAUGGCGAUAUUGAUCGACUUUUUUAUCGUCGUGAAUCAGGUCGUGGUGCUACUGCUAAUAUAAUAACAGUUCUUGAUAAUCAUGCACUCGGAGAAUGCUUUCGUCUUAUAUGGAGAGAAAAUCCUUUUGAUCAUAUUUCAAAAAAUCAUUUUGAACUUAUCUAUCGAGAUAAAGAAAAAUCAUGUUAUCAAUGUUAUCAAAUACAUAAUCGAACAAGAAAUAUUCUUCAAUUUCGAAAUAGCGAAUGCAAUGAAAUAACAUCUAUUUCAACAAAUCAAAUGAAUUUUCAAGAUCUCUGUUCCAGUAUUAAUCAAGAGGCUGAUUUUGAUACUCUAUUUUCUAAAACUUAUUCAGCUGAAGAAUGUCGUGCAACAAUUUAUGGAACAUAUCAUUUUACAUAUGAAUUUCGUCAAGGUGGUAUUGGUAUUUGUGAUAAUCCAAUAUCACGUUUAGUAUCUUGUCCUGAUCCUGGUACUCCAUUUGAAGCUGUUAAUGAACGUUUUUGGAUGACAUAUGGCUAUUGUCGUGAUCUUGUUUCAUCAAUCGAUGCUCAACCACUUUAUCAAUGUUUGGGAUAUUGGAUUAAUGAAAAAGGAGAUAUUUUUACUGCUAUUGCCAAUGAACGUGUUGGUUCGGAACGUUGGUAUGAUAAAUUUCGUUGUAUGUUAACACGGCAGGAUCAACCACAAUGGUUCGCGAAAUCUUUAUUUGCUGAAUGUGCACGACUUUAUUCACCAACUGAUGGUCCAGAAAAAGUUAUUAUAACGCCAAUUAUUCCAGAAGUUCCAACACCAACCUGUUUUUUUCCAGAUAAUUUUACUGGCGAAUGGGUUAAUACAGCUAAUGUUAAUGCAAGAACAAUUAUUAAUGCAACACAUAUACAUGAAAUAUCACAAGUUAACAAUCGUGGUUGGCUAAGAGAAACUUAUUAUGUUUGUCAGCAAAUAAGUCGACAACAGUUUUUAGUUAAAACAGUGACGAAAGGAGAAUGUUUCUCCUAUUAUAUUUGUUUCGAUUUUAAAGAUCGUCAUCAUAAUAUAUUACGAUAUAGAAAAUCAAAAUCAUUCAUGUCAAAUGUUUACGAUGAUCUAUCAAAAAGAGAUCCACUUUAUGAAGUUUGUUCAUGGAUUAGUUUUGGUAAUGAUGCUAAUUGGAAAUAUCAAGUUUUUGUUUUGGAUCCACCGGCACCUAUUGAAUGUCCAUUUACGGGUAUGUGGAUGUUUAAACAAGUUGGACAACCAAAUUCAUUAAUUCAAACACGAAUUCGUGGUGGAAUAACGCCACGACCACGUGAUCAUGGUUGGUAUAUAACAUGUGAUCCAAAAUAUAUGGUUUCUCAAUGGACUAUUUGUGGUGAUCAAACAAAAACAAUGCUUGCUGAUCGUGAAUAUUGUCGACAAUUAGAUCCAUAUGGAACACCCAUUGGUGUUUAUGAACAACCUGAUUAUAUUUAUCAAUGUGCUGGUUAUUGGAGAGAAGAUUCUCGUUCAUAUUUAAUAACAUAUGAUAGAGAUGAUCCGUAUAUUAAUUUUAAAUGUUGGGUUUAUGAAAGAAUCGAUUAUGAUAAAAUAUAUCUUUCAAGAUCAGCUGGAUCAUUUUGUGGUUUUAAUCAAACAUCUCAAAGUUAUGAAGCACAAGAUGGAGCAGAUCUCAAAAUUGAACUUGAAGAAGCUGAGCGUAUUCAUGAUGAUUGUCCAAUUCGUUAUGAUGAUGGUCGAAAUCCAUGGCAAGUUGUAGAUGAAUUUUUAUUUUAUUAUGCUUCUGCAAGAAUAAUAAUGCCGUCCUUUUUUACUUAUUUUUUUCUCAUUUUAUUAAUUCUCAAUUUUUUUAAUUAG